AAACUGUCUUGGAAGCCACCUCCUUGGACAUUCUAGCCAGAGCCUCAACAUGAACCGAGCUAAGCUGAUUGACAAGCAGCACCUGAGAAUUCUGCUACAAAAUGAAAUCUUUACGGACUUCUUUAAUACAUUCUUGAACCUUCCUGUAUUUGGCCAGACACCCAUUUUCAUCAGCGGCAUUCGUCAGUGGCACCUUUGGCCAGAGAUGCCAUGCAACCUGGUGCCAAAAUACAAAGGCUUGUUAAACUGGUUGGAAAAAUACCGAGUGCCUUUCUUCUGCAAAACUAACUUGAGCCUUCACUAUAUUCUCUGUGAGGAGCUCAUCAGUUUCAUCAGGUCUCCAGAAGCUGCCGAGAUGCUGAGAUGGAAACGGGCCGAUCAGUGGCUUCUUGAGAAAUGUAUUGGUGGCAGCAGAGGAAUGUGGCGUUUCCGCUCCUUCAUGCAAGGAAUGGCAGGGGAAGAAUUGACCAAGUUCUGGCUUGCGGCAGAAAGGAUACUUGCUAUUGAUGAAACAGAUGAGUCCCAGCAGGAUCUCUACAUAUCUCUGAUGCAGGUCUUGAUGGCCACCCACUUGCAGGAGGGCUCCACAGUUGUCACCCUUUGCAACACAAGUGUUGAAACACUUCUGAAAAUGUCUCCCCAUCACCCUCAACAUGCCCGCACUCGGAGGGAGAUCCUGAGUGAGAUGCAGAAAGUGGCACUGUUUAAGAUUGAGAGUUAUUGGCUGCCUAACUUCUACAUUCACUGCAAGCUGAGCAUGGAGAAUGAGCCAAAAUGCCGCCAUUUGCUCAAGGAAUAUCAAGAACGGUUACAAAGAGGAAGCGCUCCAAGGUAUUCCCUGUCUCCUUCACUGACAAUGACCAUCAGAGCAAGUUGCCCUACAACCACAUCAUACUCCAGCAUGAAAAGCAAGAAGAUGGCCUGGGAACACAUCAGGGGCAGAGUUGUUUCCCGCAAAGGGAAACGUAAGGGCCACCGGAAACAAAGAUCACGCAAAAGCAGUCCAGCAGACAGGAAGCGCCACCACUCUGGGAAGCAUUCCACCAAUCCAAGUCCAACUUCUUGUCAAGCAGAUCAUGACAAGGAUGUUGAGACCAAUUCCGAUAUAUUACCAAGCUUCAAAAGCAGUCCAAAUAGCCCAGGUGGUUUCUCCCCCUCUCCUGUGGCCGAUGAGAUUGCUGAGAUGGGCACUGUGAGUAGAUUACGCUCCUCCACUCCAAUGGUCCAGUUUCCCUCGAUGCUUGCUUUGAAGACUCUUGUGAAGUCUCCCAUGUGCUUAGACUUCCUUCCUUGGGCACUCACUGCUGACAAAUGUGCAGGGCGCCCCUUUCGAGACUUUUUACUUUCUCGGACUUAUGCCAUGGAGGUGCACCUCCUCGAUCUGUGGCAUGACCUGGAGGACUUCCUGCGCAUGAUGUUGUGCUCCCUUGGUGAAGGGAACAUCCUUCUGCGCCACGUCAUGGGGGAAAGGAUAUGCGAGCUCUACCUGACCCAGAACAACAACUGGCACCUUCCUUUGAAGCUCACAACUCUCAGGAAUUUACAGAAUCUCUUGCCUUCCGGACACGUUAUACCAUGGGUGCUCAAGGCACAGAAGGAAAUCUGCAAGAUACUCAGCUUUCUCUAUGAGGAUUUCCUUCAGCAUGAUGACAAAAUGUUUCUGUUUUAUGUGAGUGGGAAGGAAAAGAAAACUUGCGAAGAAUCACCUUACCAACAUGACGAGAGCCUCCGACUGGUCAGAAGGAUAAUUGAAUCAAUGCAUCUGAGCCAGGCCUUGGCUGGCAUGAGAGACUUUGAUCUACUUUCUGGAGAGCACUGGCGACUGCUGGGCACCCAGGAUCUGAACACGGGGGGCUCCGUCUUCAUGGAGGUGGAGCCUGUUGUAUGGAAACAUGACUACAACAACAUGGCCUUUGAUGAGUUGGCUUGGUUGAAUCCCAAGAUGGCUGUGGAACUUUUGAGUGAGAACUUCAAGACCUUCUGCAAGUCAUGUGAAAUUGGUGGAGUUUUUAUCCGGCCAAUAGUUGCAAGAAGGAGUCUUCAUUGGACCAGAUCAAGUUUGUCAUUUAUGAGGAAAGGGCCACCUUCAAGAAAGCCCCUGGUAAAGCCCAGAUCACUUACAGAUUUGCUUCAGAACCCCACUCAUCUGGAUUACUUCAGGCAUUUCCUCAAGAUGAAUAAUGCUGAAACCCCACUCCUUUUUGUGAUGUCUGUGGAUGAAAUCGCAAAUGAGACCAAUACCAGGAUUCAGCGUAUUCUCAUCCAAGAAUGUGUUAGGACUUACUUCUUCAACCCAGUCCCAGCUGAGACACUGCUGCAGUGUGAUGCUGAUAUUAUCAAAGAGAUUCCAAGGGCAAAUGUGGUCACUGUUCCCAUGUUAGUCCUGGCACAAAUGUUUGUCAUGAAUUCUUUGCAAGAGACCUGGUUUAAAUCGUAUCAGGGUUUAUAUCCUUCCAGUGAUAUUUCACUUGAAGGAACUAGUGCGAAGGCAAGGAGGAGCUCCGUGAUAACAGACAAACUGAAAAAAUGCUGGUGUGCACUUGGAGGAUUGAUCAAGAGUGUCUGCAGGUUCCGCAAGGCAAUGAGCUAUGUGUCACAGCGCAAACGCUUUGAAGAUUUCCUCCACCGGGAACUAAAAAACGAUAAGGAAAAUAUGCCAGUGACAACACGGCAAAGCAUUAGUGGACCUAGUGGACGCUAUGCCCCACCAUCAGGUGGGUCAGAUGAUGUUGAAGUAAUCCAAGUGAAGCGGAAGAUCUUUGGGAACCGUAUCAUCCUGGUCAACUUCUUAGUUAAUGACCUCUAUUUUUACCUGGAGAUGGAAAGAUUUUUUCAUGUGGCUGACUCGGUGGUAGUGUUGGCAGCCCUUGGCUUGUAUACAGACAAAGAUAUUGCCUUUCUGAAGAGCAAAGUGGCCACCAUCAAUAAACUUUUUCUGAAUUCAGAUAUCCCACCCAAACUGAGGGUCAACCUCACAGAAUCACAAGUGACUCAGAUCCGGAAUCAAGUUGCAGAAGGUCAAGUGAACAGAACUCUUUACCAUGGUGCUAUCAUGUCUGUCUUCCCAGUUUUAUUAUACUUCUGGAAGAAAUAUUGUCUCUGGAAGGUAAUGAAGAGCUUUAAAAAAGUAAAGAGAGAAAAAUCAACAAUUUCUCCCGCAUCACCACCAACUCCCUCAAAAUUAUCUAGGAAAAUCAGUGGUUUCACUGCAGUAGAAGACCACCCAAUCAUCAGAUUUACUAUCCUGAAAGGAAUCCAGCUGUUGCUGCCACAGCCUAGGGAUGAAACAGACGAAUUACCUGGAGAGAAAUCUUCAAUUGGAAGUUUAACUAACUACAGAAAAUCCUCAUCUGCUUUCUAUGGAACACAGAGGCGAAUGUCAUCACAUAUAGGAAUAUCAUCAUGACAAGAUCCAUAAUCUUCUUGUUUGGGCAUAGUGGAAAGGACUAUUGUGGUGCCAACCAUUUUCUUUCCAGAGGAUAAAACUCGGCUGUAGAUCAAUAUAACUGCUGCAGAUUCCAGAACUGAAAGAGGUCAAAAAAGAUAUUUUUAUGCUAUGUAAUAAAAGGAUAAUUUCUCUCCUAUGAACUUUUUCCAUCCUUCCAGUAGAAGUCCUAAAAUAAAAAUUUGCAAUAUGUA